AUGAAGGAAACAGCUGAUAUCCUUCUACCUUUUCAAUUGCCCCGACCCGACGAGAAUGACAUUCCUACAAAACUUAACAGUAAAGACCGUGAUCAUUCCAUUGAUCGUGAUAGCUAUUCUAAUACCCUCUCUUGCAAUUGGGACGACGAGACAAGUGAAAUGUAUCGUCAGACUGUUCCGCUUGUGCAGUCUCACUCAACCGCAGCAAUUAAAACGCUAGGAGCAAUUGUGCGCGAUCGCAAGCUUGUCAGGCGCAUGUUGCAUCGUCCACAGCCGUAUGCAAAGCAACUUGAUCGACGUCCAUUCUUGUCGUUGAGUUCUACGUCAAAAUUGUCGGUCUUGGUGCCGAACUCGUCGUCAUUUUCACCUAGUAGAACUGCUCUGCGAAGCGACCGUCGGUUGGCAUUUAUGGCUGCAUGUGAAAAGCUUAUAGUGACUUUUGAUCCGCAUGCGCAGUACACUCGACGUAUUUUGCUUGCACAGAUUAAGCCACUGCUUCAAUUUCAUGGACUUAAAGUCGAUGGUACAGCAUUUCAUCGAUGGAAACAAUGCCUGCAGCCUUCCGAUUUGACCACAAUACCGACGGUUUCAGUCACUGAUUUUAUUCAAGGAUGUCAACUCUGGUUCACCGAAACAUUCCUUAUCGAGCAUGUACAAAACAAUCUGACGCAUCAGGAGCUUCAGUGCACUAUGAACUCGAGUAAAGGAAUGCAAACGAAUUUGACGUCAUUGCAGUACAAUUAUCAGCUAGCCCCUAUUCAUUCCAAACAGUCAUUGUUUGAUCAGCUUGUACAUGAAAGUGAUGUCACAAGCACUUUUUCUUACGAGACUUAUGCUCGCCACCCAACCGCAAGUACACCAUCACUAUAUCCUUCAAUGUCUGCUCCAUCUUUGCUGCAUGCAAAAUGCAGUGAAGAUUUAGCAGCGGCAAAAAAAUCUGAAAUUGCCCGAACGAAAAAGGAACCUACCUAUUUGGCUCGACAGUCGAAACAGCAAAGUGCAGAGAGUACACGUGCUUUUAAUGCAAGUGUAGCACUAAUGUCUCGUCAUGCGCACCACGAGAAGUUUCGCAAGCACAGCGAGCAUCAACGUAGUUUGCAAAUUGCGCGAAUUGACCAGAGUCGUCAGCGAAAUCAACAACACAAAUUACAUUGUGAAGCAAUUGAACAUGAUGCUCGCACACAACGAACCCGAGAUGUCCUAGCAAAGAAAGCUCGUACCGCAGGAGAGCUGGUCUUGUCACGUGACUUAGUGGCACUUCGUGAAGAAGAAGUACGUCGCAACAAGUCUCGUUUUACGAUUUCAUCUUCCUCAAGCACUCUUAUUCCUACAUCAUCGAAAGCUCUGGCUGCGCGUGCGUUAGCCAUCUCGAAAGUAGACCAGAAACGAUCUAGUCGUUUAAAAUGUAAGCAUGCCGAGCGCAUGCGCAGUCUGCAACUGCUGAAUUAUGUGUACGACCGAAAGCGGAUCAUGGCCAACGCUUUGCGGCCUCGUGCAAACUCAGCCUUUGUGGUAGUGGAUGUAGCUGACGACAAACUUUCUGUCGAGCGAGUCUUGCAAAAUGCAAGUGACGAAAUUUGGUAUCAGGUUAUCCAGCAGCAGCUUCAUGAAGAUCCUAAUGGUGUCGCUAGAUUUGUUUCACCCUGCAACACUCCACCUGCAGCACUUCGCUAUUUUGGAACUAGCCGAUCCGUUUCCUUGCCGGCAUUUGCUUCAACUCUUGACCGCAAUCUGCAAUAG